CUGACAAAAAAAGUCAAGGCGAAAUUGCGGUGUAACGAACAUCACGAGUAUCCAUCAUCUUUAUCAAGUAAACAAUCUGAGCUUCCAAGUUUCCGAAUAUAUUCAAAAUUUCGUAAUAAGGAGGGUGCAGCUUAUAAAAACUCGUGUGAAUUUUCCAUUGGAAUAAUUUCAAGUGGUGUUCGCGAGUGUUACAGGAUGCUCAAAUUGUUGGUAACAAUAAUGGCUGUGAUAGCCGCAGCUUCAGCUGCAACUAUACCGUCGCAAUUCUCGACCGUGAGACAUUUUCAAGAACUCGAACCUGAUGGAUCUUAUGAAUAUGCGUAUGAAACAGAUAAUGGUAUAUAUGUUCAGGAAGAAGGAAAGGUUCGAAAAAUAAACAAGGAUGGUGUCGACUUGUUUGUUCAAGGAUCUUUUCUUUACACUUCACCAGAAGGUCAAGAGAUCAACUUGAAAUACACAGCUGACGAGAAUGGAUUCCACCCUGAAGGAAACCACUUGCCGACACCACCUCCCAUACCUCCACUCAUUCUCAAGGCGCUUGCAUGGAUUGCAGCAAAUCCAUCGAAAGAGUAUUAAUUUUUAGUUAUUAAGGUAGAUU